AUCCAAAUUGUCGCGCACUCGAAACGGACGCGCUGCGCUCGGCUAACGGUGAAUCGGCAGUCUAACGGCUUAGAUACUUCCCACGUUCGUAAAUUCCGUGCUCUAUAAAUCUCGAAACUGUUUGGAAAACAAUUUGAAAAUUCAUAACAGUGCACUUGUGUGUUUUGAAAACUGCUUUUAGCGAUCGAUAAUUAAUAUUUUAAUAUUUAGCAAAUAUUUAUGAACAAAAGUAACACGAUCGCAUGAUAAACUUUUAUGCAAUUAAAAACAUAGUUUGUUAAGUGUCACGCAUCGAAUGGCAUGCAAAUUUAAACUGUGUUAAGGAGGAAGUAACAGACUAAUAUUACAGAGCUCUAGGAGCAGCUGCAGCACUACCACCUGAUAAUUACCACCUGCACCCCCAUCAAGGAGUCCCCUGGACGCCGCGCCCGGCAUCAUGACGAGCAUCUCGGCGCUGCUCCACCGGAGCCACAGCCACGGCCACAGCAAUGGUGGUUACACGAGCAGCGGGAGUAGCAAUCACAGCCAUAGCAGCAGCCUCUCACCGCAGUUGCCCGGCAUCAAUUUGGGUUUGGGCAUGGUCGGUGGCCUGGCCAUGGGCAUGGGAGUGGGUGUAGGCUCUGGAUCGGGAAACGCCACACCACCACCAUCGGUGCCGCCAGCUGACCUCACCGUUCCGACAGCGCCACCCACACCGGUGGCACCCAAAAUGCACCAGCACCCUCAUUCGCACCCGCACCACCAUUCGAACUCGCAUCAUAAUGCCCCAAACAGCCACUCGAAUCCGAGUGCUGGAAGCCAUCACAACAGCCACGACCACAUUAAGCGACCAAUGAACGCUUUCAUGGUCUGGUCGCGGGGGCAGCGUCGCAAAAUGGCCCAGGACAAUCCAAAAAUGCACAAUUCCGAAAUAUCAAAGCGCCUGGGCGCCGAGUGGAAAUUACUCACCGAAGGACAGAAGCGUCCAUUCAUCGACGAGGCAAAGCGAUUGCGGGCCCUGCACAUGAAAGAACAUCCCGACUACAAGUAUCGACCACGUCGCAAGCCCAAGACGCUCAACAAGUCACCGGUGCCAGGUGGUGGUAGUGGUGGUGCUGGCGGCGGCGGCGGUGGUGCCAAUGGUGGAGCCAACGGUGGUGGUAACUCCGGUCACGGUGGCCCAGGAUCGGUUGGCUCCCCCAAGGAUAUGCAGCCGCAGCUGUCGCCCUUGGGUCAGUCGCUGCCCCAUCUGCACGGACAUCCGCAUCAGUCACCAUAUCAACCGCAUCCACACCACCCGCAUCCCCAUCCGCAUCAUGUCCAGCUGGCCGCCGCCACCUUGAGCGCCAAGUACGGAUUCGGUUCGCCACUGGAGUUGUCCCUGCCCCGCCUGCCGAACGCCUUUCCCGGCCUCGCCCACUAUCCACUGGAUCCCACGUUGGCCCUGGACCUCCAGGCGCGCCUCCAGGCCAUGUACGCCGGCUCCAUCUACCAUCCGUGGCGGUAUCUGCCGCUGAUAAGCCCCGAAACUCCACCGUCCCCGCCCAGCAGCAGCGGCACCGGCAUCUCAUCCUACGGAUGCGUCAAGUCCGAGAAGUCCUCUCCAAAUGCGACAGUGGCCAGCACGGCCAGUCCGCCGAACAUCAUUUGACCGACUCCUUUGCGCUUCGGCGCCGGCACCUCCUCAUCCGCAGAGCACGUGGUCUAGGAAUUCGGAUGGUAAUCCUGCUCAUCCAGCCCCAAAAAAGUUAAAAGUCCUAAUGUUAGAGCCUAGUGUUAGGCGAAUAUUUUCGCGCGUGUCUUCGGUUGCUACGUUUGUUUUAUGUUAUGUUUUGGGUUCUGAUUAAAUGCAGCUUAACUAUUUUGUGCAUUAUGUUAUAUGAAUUCAAAAAUUGAAAACUACAUUCAAAAUCUCAGUUCAGUGGCAUUUUUAGACUAAUGUGGAAGCUAAAUCCAAACUCGAAAAUCAAUAGCCAUUUAGCAGUUUUAAAAUUUCCUUAAAGACGUUUUUGUGCCAUCAGCUAUGAAAAUUCACAAAACCAUUUGAAUUUGUAGUUUAGUUUAGUUUAUUACUUUGACUGCACAAAACAUUUUUAAUUGAUACGUUGCUAUAUUGAUAACUCUCUAAUUUCGGUAAAGCUUUGAAUUAUAACCACAGCUUAAAACACACAUUUUAAAUGUCUUUAUUCAUACUUAUUUAAGGACUUCAUAAACUUUGUUAUCACUUUCCGGAACCCAAACAAAUUGCUUAUUAGGUCUAAAGUACAUUAGAUUUGUUAAGGCAUCGAGAACAUGUCCACAUUUAUGUAAUAUAUGAUUGUAAAACUAUACUUUAAUGUGAUAAAAGAAAGAGCAGAAAUCUAAUUAAAAACAGUGUGAAUAUACACGAUUCCUAAA